CCAUCAUCACGCGAAGUCAAACGCGAAGUCAAACUUGGAUGAAAAACCGGUCAUUCGUUGAAAGGUCGUUGUCCUGUGUUCUCCUGUCCAGCGAUAUAAUUUCAACAGUCUUGAAGGAUGUCGAUAAAUUUGAAGAGCGUGCUGAUCAGUGAUCCCGUCGAUGAAUCGUGCAUCGAUCUAUUGAAGAGCCAUGGCAUCGCAGUCACGACAAAGUACAAAUUGCCCAAGGAUGAACUGAUCCAAGAGAUUAAGAACUAUGGAGGUUUAAUCGUGAGGUCCGAGACGAAAGUGACGGAGGAGGUGAUUGCAGCGGGAACGAACCUCCGCGUUAUAGGGCGCGCUGGGACAGGAGUUGAUAAUAUUAAUGUUGAGGCUGCCACGAAGAAGGGAAUCGUCGUAUUGAAUACUCCCGGUGGUAACAGCAUCAGUGCGUGUGAACUAACAUGCGCCCUAAUUUCCUCGCUGGCGAGAAAUGUCGCCCAAGCUGCUCAAUCCAUGAAGGAAGGCAGAUGGGACAGAAAGUUGUACGCGGGCUUUGAAUUAUACGGAAAAACAUUGGCAGUCCUCGGUUUCGGUCGCGUGGGACGAGAAGUUGGCCUCAGAAUGCAGUCCUUCGGGAUGAAGAUUGUGUGCUUUGAUCCAAUAAUUAGCGCUCAAGAUGCUGCUAGCGUUGGAGCCACGAAACUCAGCCUCGAGGAGAUUUGGCCAGUCGCUGAUUACAUAACGGUUCACACUCCCCUCAUUCCGCAGACAAAAAAUUUGAUCGGCACUGCGAGUCUCUCAAAAUGCAAGAAGGGAGUGCGCGUGAUCAAUGUAGCGCGGGGUGGAAUUGUCAACGAGGAGGAGCUCCUCCAGGCCUUGAAGUCUGGCCAAUGUGCGGGCGCUGCUCUCGACGUCUUCAGCGAGGAGCCACCGAAAAAUCCGGUGACCCUCGAAUUGAUUCGACACCCUAAUGUCAUUGCGACUCCGCACCUCGGCGCCAGCACUGCCGAGGCCCAGCAGCGGGUCGCGGCUGAAAUCGCCGAGCAGUUCGUCGCCAUCUCCGGGAAGUCAGCUAAAUACACUGUGACGGGUGUCGUUAAUCCGUCGGUCUUGGCUAAGUGAUGAAGGAGAAAUAUUGAAGCUGGCAUUCUGCGGAGCGCGAUAUUCUAUCAUAUUCUAUCAUAAAGUUGAUCGAUAUUUGUAUAAUGGUUGCAAUAAUAAAG